AUGAGCUUUAAAAUAGCGCUGAAACCCAUAUAUAGCUAUGAAAAUCCAGAGGGGACUCGGUACUCUACGGCUCUCACAGGUCACUGCAUGCACUCCAUAAGAAAAUAUCCACACAAUUGCCAUGCGUUGACAUGUCAUGCGGAGUUUUCCAUCGGAAAAGACAAAAAUGAUCACUAUUCCAGUAUAUUAAAAACGUAUUCUGAAAAAUACCUUAAAACGACAAUCAUAAUGACAAAUUUUGGACUUUUAUACCUCAAUGUCUUAAUAUUCCUGUUUGUGGGAUAUGCAUUUGCGUGGCCUAAAGAAAAGAUACCAAUCAACUUAGACGUCACACAACUAUUUCAAUGGAAGAUUAGAAUAACUCCAUCGGAAGAAGCUCCAGGAGGAAGCAACUUUACCAUCCAAAAGAACUCUAGACAUACUCACAUUAUAGGCAAAGUCAUGGACGGUGAUGAGGUUGUCUACUCCGGGGACCCAACGGAUACAAGUCGAUUUAUCCUAUUCGUCCCUAGGGAAAAUGGUGAUAGAUAUAUUAGAAUACUCAAUAGAAAUAGGACGAAUGGCCACCAUUUUGUUAAUACAGUCCAUGAGUUUGUCAAAAAAUCUGGUGGAAAUUCGUAUAGACAAAUUGAUAGGACACAUAUUGACAUCAACCUGCCUUUUCAGAGAACCGACAAUUACAUAAAUGUGGAACUAGUGCUAAACUUUAAUACCUAUCAAAUCAAUGAUACCAUCCCAGAAAGCUUUCAGACUUUACCGAUAAAAUUUAGCACUCAAAAGGAGAUACAAGAUGAUUUAACAAUAGGCAGGGUCUACUAUGGUAGAUACCUUUUGAAUAAUGAAAUAGAAGGAUUGAUCUAUAGGGAAGUUACCUGGGAAGGAGGACCAAACAGUCCCCUAAUAACUAUUGAAUCGCAUUACAAGGAUGGGACUUUGGUAGAAAAAAAGUACAUUUUUGAAAGGGGCAGCGUUAAUGGGUUUGCAUUAUGGGAUAUCCGAAACGGCAAUUUUUAUGUGCAUAAGUGA